GCCGCCAGGACCCGGGAGCAUCUGCAGCUGACCCAGCACCCCGAUCUGGGCGUCCCGCGCCCCGCCAUGACGGCUCACUCCUUCGCCCUCCCGGUCAUCAUCUUCACCACGUUCUGGGGCCUCAUCGGCAUCGCCGGGCCCUGGUUCGUGCCGAAAGGACCCAACCGCGGAGUGAUCAUCACCAUGCUGGUAGCCACUGCUGUCUGCUGUUACCUCUUCUGGCUCAUCGCCAUCCUGGCCCAGCUGAACCCUCUGUUUGGGCCACAGCUGAAGAACGAGACCAUCUGGUACGUGCGCUUCCUGUGGGAGUGACCGCUGCUGCUUCAGCCCAGGUACCCCAGCUCUCCGGAUGACCUUGGCUCAACUCUCCCUGAAGACCCCUUUGUUCCACCCCCAUAGCUGUGUCGUGAUCCCUCUGUGUUGAAAUAAUGGAAAAUCAUUCACACCCAAAACACCAUUGUAAUUUGGGUCCAGAUUGAAACUUGUAUAUUUAGCGUUCCUUAUAGUUGUAAAGUCACUUAAGUGGCCUGCUCAGAAAGUUGUACCUCCUCAGAAUAUCUUGUUGCGCUCUCCUCCUGUACCUGCCCCCCACUCUGUGGAUAAGCACCCCUCCCUCCGCAGAGGCUCAGAAACGAGGCAGCUCCUGCCCCCAGUUUGGACUCCACUCAUCCGGCUGCAGUGAGGGCAGAUUUCAGAGCCCCUCACAGCAGCCUCUAGGUCACCUGAGCUGCGGAGGGUGAAGAGAGACAGGUGUAGGCAAGGUUUGGGCAGCACUGUGGGCUUCGGAGGUCGGGCUGGGAUGGUGAGGGAGGGAAGGGCAUCGGCCCUGACUGGCUGAGCAGGCAGCAGACCAGUGAGAUCCUGGGACCCCCAGCCCAUGCCCUCACUCCCAGGAGAGCUGAGGCUGAGAUCUCAGACAUUUGUCCUCAUCCUCAGAGCCAAUCAGGGUCUCCUCUCUGCCACAUGGCCUCCCUGGAGGAAGAAGCCAAUUUCAUGUAUUUAUUGACUAUUUAUUUGAUUGGCCUUCCUCCCACGUAGUGGGCAUUGUUUUUGGACCUGUGGUAGGGUGUGAGGUGUCUCACCUGGAUUUCGUGGUCUGGGCUUGGCCUGUUGCUCAGAGCUCAGGCUGGGCCUCCCCUGGACAUCCUACAGGCCCCUUUCAAACUCCCUUCCUGUCCUGACCCCUGUGGCCCUCCGGGAGUGGGGGUAUUGCGUGUGGGUUGUACAGAAAACCCGAUCUGUAUCUAGUGACUCACGAGUGAUGGGAAAUCACUGUUUGGUGGUUGAGUCCAAGUCUGCUGGCCACCCUUUCCCUGCCCACCUGAUUUCCAUGUCCUCAGAGGGUGGGGGUGAGGUUGGGGACAGGAAAGAGGGCUCGAAGUGGCUUGGAGCUGCAGCUCUGGGAUGUGGACACGAAACUACAUUUUCCUGAGACCUGAAGGAAAGUGCAGCCGGUCUGGAUUCUGCCAGAACCAGGCCUGGCAGGAGGAAAAAGUGGAAGACUUGCUCAAGUGGAACUUUGACCACCACUCAUCUGUGCCCCUGAUUGCAGAGUGAACAGUUCCUGGGCUGUGCAAUAAAGCAGGUU